AUGGAUGGGGUGGCGGGAGGUGUGGGUACCCCCAGUAGCACCGGGGGCUCUGGGGAUGACAGCCUCCCCAGACGUAACCGAGGGGACUCACAGCGGCGCAGUAAGGACAGCCUGCCCUCACCGGGUUACAGGCUGUCCCAGGCCUCGCUGGAAGGGGAGAGGGGCUCCUUCGGGGCGGACAGCACUUCUUUAGGUGGACGUGGCCGCCGCCCCUCCAUCAUGAGCUCCUCCACCAGGGACGGCCUUCCCUUCCGGACAGCGGGCACCCCAACCACCCCGGUGCCCCUGCCGCCACCGCCCUCCUCCUCUGCCGCGGCCUAUCCUCCCCCGCGCUCGGUGGGCUUUGCCACCCGCGCCGCCCUGACCUCCACCUCCUCCACCGGUACUGGAGUAGUGGUGGUGGCCACCGGCCCGCAGACCACCACCACCACCACAUGUAACACAACUGCUGCAGGGACUCCUGAGUUGAUGGGUCAGUGUGGACCGGGUGUUUUUGGCAUGGGGCUGGACGGAGAGGACUACAGAACCUCCAACCAGAGCACCUUCAUCCAGAGACAGUUCGGAGCCAUGCUUCAGCCGGGGGUCAACAAGUUCAGCCUGCGCAUGUUUGGAUCCCACAAAGCUGUGGCACUGGAGCAGGAAAGACUGAAAUCAGCCGGGACGUGGAUCAUACACCCGUACAGUGACUUCAGAUUCUACUGGGACCUGUUGAUGCUUGUGUUGAUGAUGGGGAACUUAAUCAUCCUGCCAGUGGGCAUCACUUUCUUUAGAGAAGAGAACACUCCUUCCUGGAUCAUCUUCAACGUGGUCUCUGACACUCUCUUCAUGGUCGACUUGGUGCUCAACUUCAGGACCGGCAUCAUCAAGGAAGACAACACUGAGAUCCUGCUGGACCCCAGAGCGAUCCGACAGAACUACCUGAAAAACUGGUUCCUGGUGGACUUUGUGUCGUCCAUCCCGGUGGACUACAUCUUCCUGAUGGUGGACAGUCUCGACACCGAGGUCUACCGGACAGCUCGGGCGCUGCGCAUUUUCCGCUUCACCAAAAUCCUGAGCCUGCUGCGACUGCUCCGCCUGUCUCGACUCAUCCGCUACAUCCAUCAGUGGGAGGAGAUCUUCCAUAUGACCUAUGACCUUGCCAGUGCCAUGGUGAGAAUAGUGAACCUGAUUGGUAUGAUGCUGCUGCUGUGCCACUGGGACGGCUGCCUCCAGUUCCUGGUCCCGAUGCUGCAGGACUUCCCUCCUGAUUGCUGGGUUUCCAAGAACCUGAUGGUGAAUGACACCUGGGGCGUGCAGUACUCCUAUGCUCUGUUCAAAGCCAUGAGCCACAUGUUGUGCAUUGGGUACGGCGCCCAGGCUCCAGAAGGGAUGAUGGACGUGUGGCUCACCAUGCUCAGUAUGAUCGUCGGCGCCACCUGCUACGCCAUGUUCAUCGGCCACGCCACGGCGCUCAUCCAGUCGCUGGACUCCUCCAGGCGACAAUACCAGGAAAAGUACAAGCAGGUGGAGCAGUACAUGUCGUUCCAUAAGCUUCCUGCAGACGUUCGGCAAAAGAUCCACGAGUACUAUGAGCACCGCUUCCAGGGGAAAAUGUUCGACGAGGAGAACAUCCUGGGGGAGCUCAGCGAGCCGCUCAAAGAGGAGAUAGUCAGCUUCAACUGCCGCAGCCUGGUGGCUAACAUGCCGCUGUUCGCCAGCGCUGAUCCCAACUUUGUGACCGCCGUGCUGACCAAGCUGCGAUUCGAAGUGUUUCAGCCUUCAGACUUCAUCAUCCGCGAGGGCACCAUCGGCCGGAAGAUGUACUUCAUCCAGCACGGGCGAGUCGGGGUGCUGACCCGUGGCAACAAGGCAACCAAGCUGAGCGACGGCUCAUACUUUGGAGAGAUUUGUUUGUUGACUCGUGGACGGAGGACAGCCAGCGUCCGGGCAGAAACAUACUGUCGCCUGUACUCGCUCAGCGUGGACAGCUUUAACGAGGUGCUGGAGGAACAUCCCAUGAUGAGGCGUGCCUUUGAAACUGUAGCUGUGGACCGAUUGGACCGAAUCGGCCGGAAGAACUCCAUGCUCCUGCGGAAGUCAUCGCAGGGCGGUUCUCUGGGGGCCAGUAUGGGUCGCGGUGGGGGCCGCGGUCCGGGGGGUCCGGGAGCCGGCACUCUGGGCUCCUGUGACAGCAUGCUGGUGCAGCAGAUUGUCAAACACGACAGCAUGUUGGCCAUGCAGGAUGCCAUCGCAGGAAGGGGCGGAGUCAUCGGAGGAAGUGGCACGGUGUCUCCUCGGCCACGCCCGCUCAUCUGGGGUCCGCUGGUCCACGCCCCUCUGCAGCAGCAGCAUGCACUGGGAGGGGCUUUCUUCCUGCCUCCUCUCAUUUCUCCCUCUCCUUCCUCUUCUUUCCCUCUGUCUCCCCCUCGUCCUCCCACGUUACAGCCCCUCCGCCCCUCAGUGAGCUCUCUCAUCGGGAUGAUGACGAUGGGAGGGAUGGGUGGUUUGUCGCCGAGAGGAUUUCCUGCCUCUCCCUCCUCCACGGGCCCUCUCGGCGGGUUGACAUCGCCCCCUAUUGUAAAAAGGCCAUCCACAUCCGCCUCCUCUGUCCCGACGUCUGUCCAACAAGAAAGGACUCUUCAUUACAGCCUCCGCCUCCAGGCUGAUCAUCCCUCAACGAUUGCUGUAUCGCCAGGUGGAGGGCCACAAACUCCACCCCUCCACAAGGUACCCGCAGCCAACCCCGCUGCUGAUUAUGGUGCCCCGUCAGACACGUUGGUGUCGGGCCAGCAGGGAGCUAAACAAGCCCUGUUCCGUCAUGGAGGGAACAGCUCCCAGUGUCUCACCCAGGAGGCCAGGCUGCUGUCGGCCUCGCAGCCCACGCUGCCUCACCGCUCCUGGGCUGGAGUGCAGCCUCACCCGCCUCUCCACAGGAAGGCCUCUGGUGGUAAUUUGCUGGCGACUCCUUUCCUGGCGGGGCAGUUGGCCAGGGGACGCAGUGCAGGUAUGCUGACUUGUAACACUCAACACACAAAUAUACCGUUUAAUGCACAAGCACCGGCCGCCGCUCCUCUUCAGGCAGUCCUGGCACACAAUCUGCCCCCGCAAGCUGCCCCUCACGCGGUGCCCACGCCCACAGCUGCAUACAUGCCUUCUGCAGCUUCUUUGCCAUCCUCCUCCCCUCCUAAGCAGGCCCCGCUCUCCUCUUCCACCUCUUCACCUUCACCCACUCUCUCGUCUCCUUCACCUCUACACCCACAGACACCUCGUCCGAAACCAAUCCCAAUGACCCCGUUUCCACCUCCCUGCUCCGCCCCACCUUCAGCAGGAACACAUCCGCUGUCGCUCUCGUCAACUUCUCGUCCCAAGCCGACUCCUACACCCUCUCCCUGCUCCUCCUCCCCCUCCUCCCCAUCGCCUUCAUCUUCUGUUUCUACCCCUGUUUUAAUAGCUCAAACGCCCAAGACAUCUUUUACAUCCUGUUCUCCUCCUUCCUCCUUGAUCACCUCUAUCCCUCCGCGUCCCCAGAGCCCCCGAGCCAAGGCAUCCAACACACCUCCUUCUGCUUCUCCGUUGUCCGGCCCUAGUCCCGCCCCAACCCCAAUCCCUUCUCCGAUACAGACUCCAACUCAGACAACACGCGCUCGUAUUUUGCCCCACGCCCAAACUCCACCACAAACCCUGACACCUGUUACUCCUACCCAGACCCGAACCCUUACACCUUCUCCCAUCCCUGUUACACCUGUUCCGUCCUCAACUAAAUCCAAGAGUCCAACCCCUUUACUCCAGCCCUCUGUCCCUAGUUCAAACAGAGGCCCCACCACGAGCCCGAUCCCGAAACAGACCCCCACCCAAACUGCAUCUCCUUCCCCUUUACCAGCUAACACUAGAUCUCCCCAUAAAAUAAGGUUCUCAGUGCAUCCUGUCCUUUCUCCGAUCCCCCCAUCAGGCUCUAUUUUCACCACCAAACCAACCCCUGCUGCAACCUCACCCUCAACAACCUCAUGCCCAAACCCGAGCUCCACUAAGCCCUCAUCUCUUACUACCACCACCUCCUCCUCCUCCUCCACCAUCUCCUCUAGUUUACAAUCUGCUUCUGCACACCCCAAGAAACAAAAGCCAACCACCAUAGCUGCUCCUACCUUCUCCUCAAAAUCCAGUACACCCUCUACCCCGGCCCCGACCUCUCAGGCAUCAACCACUACAUCCACUCAGUGACAUGCAGCCACCAACAGCACCUCCCCUAAAGGUGGGGAAAAAGACCCUCAGCUAUCACUCGCCAGAAAAGACUCCGAGGGACUAAGACACAAACUGUCCUUUAACAUGUAAGAUAUUCUCACCGGAUGUUGUGACAGCUGCAGAGCCCCGGAUACACCGAGUUGAGUCAGCCACCAGAUAUCUAAUGAUGACGUGUCGACGGAUACAUCUUAUGGAUAGGAUGUGAUUGUCUGAGAACAUCAGGUGUCCGUGUGACUCAACCGAGCCUUCGCUCGAGGAGACUUUCUUGGUGUGUUGAGUGGUUGGUGCAGAGCCUGAAAAACAUCCAAAUGUAUACAUACAUAUCUGUGUUAGUGAUUGUUGGAGCAAGCAGGGGAGCUGAAGUGGAAACAGUAUGCACAGUCAAACGAGAUGGAAGCAAUAGCUGGUCAAAAAUAAGUCUCCAUUUUUUAUACAUGCAAUACAUGUGAACUAUUUGAGACUCUCACAAUGUGACAGGAAACGACAUUGACCAUAAUAAUAAAUGUGAGUAAUCAAUGACCUUUCUGCUGUUGGUUGAUGUCAGUUUCAAAUGCGGGCAAUAGAGCAGACACUUCCUGUUUUCCAGCUCCAACUCCCUCCUGCCUCCCAUUCUGCACAAAAGUGUAAUAUUUUCUCAUCGGAUUAAUAUCAAUGAUAAGAAUAUGAAAUCCCUGUAAAGUUGAUGCUCGUAUGAAUUUGAAAUAAUUAGGAGCAGUUCACUGGUAGUGUUGUUGUCCGAGGUGUGUUGUGUUUAGUUUUUUGAACAAGACAAAACUUUUAAACUAUGUGUUCACACUGACAACUUCUGUAAAUUGUGUGUGUGUGUGUGAGAGAAAGACACUACUGCUGUGCUGUGCACCGUGGCUCAGCCGGCUCCCUGAACUCUAAAUACGUGCCUCUCUGUGGGUCUGUUGUACGCUUCCUCACUCCUCAGCCUCUCUGUCUUUCAUCUCUUCUCUGUCUCGCCGCCUUUCAUCUGAUUUCACAGCCCCGUCGCUCACGUCUUCUUCGGCGCUCACAGACUCACUCCCUUUCUCUCGGUUUGCCCGACACUUUGCUCUGGCGGCCGUCGGCCUCAUGUUCAAAUGGCUCUUCCUUCUGUCGCCCUACAACAUUGUUUCAGCACCAUUUCCAGUGAUGUUUGAUGUUUUGUGUGCGUAGCAACAAGACACUUCUGUCUUAACCCCUGAUACCAUGUUGCCUAGACUAUCAAUUAAGGGACCAAAUGUUACAUUUUUUAUUUAUUACAGCUUUAGCUUUUGAACGGAAAAAAAUAGCUAAUAAUGCUGUCACCAUGAUGAUCUUGAGCGUGGAGAUGAUGAUUAUUAUGAUUAUGAUGAUAUUCUUGACAACCAUGAUAGUAAUGGUGAAGGUAUAAAUCUGGAUGUAACAAUAAAGCUGAUUUAGAUAUCAUCUUGUUGAGUGUGUAGAGGCAUGAGCUCCUUUA